AUGGCCGAUUCUUGUGAAGGCCUGGAGGAGCAGUCAAGACCGAUGAAGAAGGCACCUGAAUGGUCCUUGCGGAUCAAGCAUCCUCCACCCAAGGUGGAUGCGAAGGCUGUCUUUGGACCUGGUUAUGAUCCUCUGCAAGUGGUCAAGGACCUGAAAUGGAUCAGCCACCACGUCAACAAACCUGAGUGGACGUUCCCCAAGGAGCACGCGCGAGCACAGAAGGUGUCCAACGAAAAGCAUGCCUUGCAAGACAAGCUCAGUAGCCCACCAGAGGUGGGGCCUGGCAAGUACAUCCAUCCAUCACGCCUGGGUUUGCACACACAGUUCCCCUACGAGGCUGAGGGACACCGCAAACAGCGUGCCAUGUGA